UCCGAAAGCCGAUAGCCAGGCCAUUCCGCACCGCCAAAAUUGCUCCGCGCGGGAAUUCCAAUUUCCUCCCCACCUCCGCCCGCUUCCCAGUUCCCAGUGCACAGCCGAUUCGUCUCCAUUCCUAUCUUCUCCCAUUCCCUCCCCAGUCCGACCUCCGACCCCCCAUUUCGUCGCCGCCGCCGUACUCGCCGAGAACCCGCCCCAAAUCCAUAGGCCCAUCCCUUACCCAUUAACCCCCAAUGCCUCCGAAGAAGCGCGCCGCCGCCGCCGCCUCUUCAAAGAAGCCGCAGCCAUCGCAGCCAUCGCAGCCCGCCAAGUUCGGUAUCCUCCACUUCUUCGAGCGCCAGACCCAGGCCUCCCAGAACGCCAAGCGCCAGAAGCCCGACCCCCCUGCGCCUCCCCCUCCUCCUCCGCCGCCGCCCGAGAAGGAGCCCUCGGAGGUCUCGCCGGAGGUUACCAAGACGCUGGCGCCGAAGCGUGUCAGAUUUUCUCCCGGAAUGUUGAUUAAGCAGAGCCAGGACGAUGGGGUCGCGGAGGUGGUGACUUGGAAGAUCUCGCCGGUGAACCAUCGCCUUGGUACGACGAAGUCGAAGCAAUUUCUGGGGAUGGCGCCCCAUCCGUACUCAAGCGAGAAAAAUUCCUCCCUUGAUGCUAUGAAGAAGUGGCAUUCAUCUCCAUUGGGCUUGUCAAGGUGUACUACUUUGGGAAGUAAUUCAGGAGUUCUUGGAUCUGCUAUAGUUGGUUGUGAUGGUGUGGGGGAUACUCAGAGUCCAUUUCGGACCCCACCAUCGCUUUCCUAUGGCUGCAACGAGCAAGUGAGCAGUGGUGUAACUUCUGAGGGAGGUGCCGAACCAUCGGGAGCAGGGCAGCACAAAAAGGCAUUACUUGAUCUUCUAGACCAAGUAGAGGAUGCAAUCAUGGAAGAAGAAUUGCCUGCUGAUCCUGGAAAUAAAGGAGGGCAAACCACGAAUGAGGAUAUCACCAACAAUAGCCGUUCUCCUGUUGCUGAUACUGACUUAACUAUCCCAUCCAAGAAAACUAUUCAUGUCCCACCCUUCAAUAGUUUUCUUGUCUUGGAGGUGUCCGAAAAACAUAAAGCUGAUGAUUCAUCAUGUGAUCGCUACCCUGUUAAGGUUCUGCGUCUGCUGAAUGAACACUCUGGUACAGAAUGUGCCGUGCAUCUGUGUGAUGAGUGGUUCGACAGUAUUGUUGGGCCUGGUGAUACUGUAAAUGUCAUUGGAGAAUUUAGUAACCAUGGAAAAUGUAUUGUUGACCAUGACAAUAAUCUUGUUAUUGUCCAUCCAGAGCAACUCAUUUCCGGGACACGGGCUGCUUCUAGCUUCCAAUGUUUAAGAAGGUCUGUUCUCGAUGAGAGGCUAAAAAGCAAUGAAUAUUCUACCAGCGCGUUGACUGGUACUCUGCUUCACCAAGUCUUUCAGGCUGGAUUACUCAAUGAUGCUCCUUCAUGGCAGUUUUUGGAACAACAGGCAAAGGAAGUACUUCUGAAAAAUAUUGAAACUUUAUAUGCAUGUGGAGUCAAUGAAAGCAACAUGUACUCUACGCUCAUUGAAGCUAUCCCCAAAAUGUUGAAUUGGUUCAAGUGUUUCUUAAAGGGUUCAAAAUGUUCUGAUGUUGAUUUUGGACAUAACGAAGUGAGAAAGACUGUUGGAGUGACUGAGGUCAUGGAUAUUGAGGAAAUGGCAUGGGCACCAAGAUAUGGUAUGAAAGGGGUUAUCGAUGCUUCUGUUAGAUCAAGAGUUGAGUCACACAAUGGUGGUUCAUAUGAUAGAAUAAUGCCACUAGAGUUCAAAACUGGCAAAGCAACUAGUGGCCAGGCAGCUAUGGAACACUCAGCUCAGGUGAUGUUAUACACACUGUUGAUGACAGAGAGAUACUUGAAUGAGGAUAUUGACUUGGGCCUUCUGUAUUAUCUUCACACAGACCAGACAUUGGGCAUUAAAGUAAAGAGGACUGAUUUAAUUGGGCUAAUAAUGCGCCGAAACGAGCUUGCUACUGAGAUCCUGAAGGCAUCGAUGUCACAGAGUUUUCCUCCAAUGUUACAGAGCCCAUCAACAUGUAAUAGAUGUCGACACCUGAUUUCUUGCACCAUAUAUCACAAGGCACACGGAGGCAGUGGUACAACUAGUGGGCUUGGUGAUCUAUUUGACAACCUUGUGAAUCACUUAACAGUCACACAUCAUAAUUUUCUUAAACAUUGGGAUAGAUUGAUUGAUCUUGAAGCUAGAGCUUCUCAGGUAAAAAAGAACAUCUUGCAGCCUCAUAAUUCAAACUAUGGGAGUGGGAGUUCUGCUGUACCUUAUUUUGUUCUUGACAUAAAAAAUGGACAUUCAAUAGAUUCUUCAGGAAAAAGCAAAAGAUACAUAUAUAAUUUUGUUCAGCAAAAGAUGCAGCCUGAAACAGCUGAUCAGUUAGAUGCUCAAUUUGACAGCAUAGAUUUCAGCCUGAAAGUUGGUGAUUUUGUGGUGCUUAGCACUCAGUCUGGGAGAAUAGCAGUUGCAAAUGGAUGUAUAAGAGAAAUAAUAAGUCACUCUCACAUAACGGUCUCUUUGCCACGCCGUUUGAGAAUUCCAGAUAGCAAUUCCUUGUCAGAGCAAGAGGAUCUGACACGUGAAAUUUGGCGGAUAGACAAGGAUGAAUUUAGUUCUUCAUUUGGAAUAAUGAGACUCAACAUUGUCCAACUAUUUGCUCAGAAUCCACAAAACUCUCACCUGCGCAAGUUGAUUGUUGAUCUUGAGGCACCCAGGUUUGAUAGCGGAGGUCUGUUUAGCCAAGAUCCUGCACUAUCAUACAUAAGGUCACUACCAAACUUGAAUAAUGACCAACAAAGGUCACUGCAUAAAAUUCUAGGAGCAAAGGAUUAUGCUCUUAUUUUAGGAAUGCCUGGAACAGGCAAAACAUACACAAUGGUGCAUGCUGUGAAGUCAUUAUUGAUAAGAGGGGAAUCUAUUUUGCUAACUUCAUAUACUAACUCGGCUAUUGAUACCCUGCUCAUGAAGUUGAAGACUGAGGGUGUAGAUUUUAUUCGGAUUGGAAGGCCUGAGGCUGUACAUCCUGAUGUCAGGGCCCACUGCUUGUCAACAACUGAGGCACAAUCGGUUGAUGCCAUUAAAGCAAGGAUGGAGCAAGUACAGGUUGUUGGAGUUACUUGCUUGGGAAUGUAUCAUCCUUUAUUAGCACAUAAGAAGUUUGACACAUGUAUCAUGGAUGAAGCUGGACAAAUUACAUUGCCGGUUUCACUGGGACCUUUGAUGCUUGCAACAAAGUUUGUUCUAGUAGGAGACCAUUAUCAACUUCCUCCACUGGUUCAGAGCUCUGAAGCGCGAGAAAAUGGGAUGGGCAUCAGCUUAUUUUGGAGAUUGUCAGAAGCACAUUCCCAGGCAAUUUCAGCACUGCGAUGCCAGUACCGUAUGUCAUCUGGUAUCAUGGAGCUCUCAAAUUCGUUGAUUUACGGUAAUAGGUUGUGCUGUGGUUCAUUGGAAAUUGCAAAUGCCAAACUCAAGUUUUCUGGUAGAGAACCAAUGCAGUUGAAGUUAAAAGAGAUCUUGAAUCCCGAUAGGGCUGUGAUCUUUGCCAACACAGAUCAAAUACCUGCACUUGAGGCAAAGGAACACAGAACUGUGAACAAUCCUACAGAAGCACACAUUAUUUCAUGGAUCAUCAAAGAAUUACUAAGAAGGGGUGUAGCUCAAGAUGCUAUUGGUAUCAUAACCCCAUAUAACGCUCAAGUGAAUAUCAUUCAGCAAUACACUGAUUGUUUGGUUGAGGUUCAUACGAUCGAUAAAUACCAGGGUAGAGAUAAGGAGUGUAUAAUAGUAUCUUUCGUGCGCUCCACUGCAAACUCAAGGGCUAGUGGUUCUUCUCUGCUUGGUGAUUGGCACAGGAUCAAUGUUCUGUUGACACGUGCAAAGAAGAAGCUCAUCAUGGUGGGAUCACGUGGAACGCUUUCAACAAUACCUUUGCUCAGGCUUCUUGUCGACAAAGUAGCUGAGAUUGGUGGCCUGUUGGAUUUGACAAAUAAGGAUGCACAUUCUUUUUCGAGAACUUGAAGUUCUUGUUUGAAUGCACAAUAGGAUGCACGGUAGAUGAAUCUGGAAGGUUUUUAUAAGGCCAAGCUGUAAAUAAGAAUAUGCUGUAAAUUUUGUUUUUGGAAAUGUAUAGUAAACCUAGCCAAGAGCCACACAGCUAGAGGUUAGGUUUUGUAUAUUCCUUCCGUUAGUUAUAACUUAUUUCAAUUUCAUUAAAGUACCA